AGGAGGGGGCCCCGGGGGGCCCAGAGAGACAGGCGCUAGCGGGUGACAGAGCCACAAAGGGACAGGUAGAGAGAGACCAGAUAGAGACCUGGACACAGGGAGACCGAGAGACAAGGGAACCAAAGAGACAGAGACACAGAAAGACCAGAGACAGAGCCUCGGAGAGAUGGGGUUAAAGACACAGACAGAAACCCAGAAACAAAGGACAGAGAUGCUCAGAAGGGAAAUACUCUGAAAGGGAGAGAGACCUAGCGAUUCAGAGAGAGAGACAGAUACUGAGUCGGAGAGACAAAACCCAGAGAAACGGGGGAAAGACUCAGAGCGACCCGGGGAGAGCGGGAGAGAGAUCCGGGUCUACCAGGACGCGAUGCCAAGAGAAUGGGACCUGGGUAGCGAAAAAGGGACCUUCCUUGAGUCGGCUGCGUACGUCCCCUCCCCGACUGCAAGCCCCUGGGCCUCCUGCCCGGCCCGGGGUGCUCCCGCACCUGCACCCUCCCCCACUUGAAUAAACGGGCGUGGCGACUGACUGGGGCUGAUCAGACCCCCAGACCCGAGAAUGGGGUGGGGAACGGACCUGCCUGAUGACUGCAGUGGCGAGGCCUCUCCUCUUGAACACGCCCCUCUCCGACCUCAGCGGGAGGCUCGGUCCCCGGCACAGACCCCGGCCACGCCCCCCGCAUCCACCCAGCCUGGGGAGGGGGUGCGAGGGGCGGCGCGGCGGCUUCGAGAGCAGCAGCUGGAGGCACUGACCCGCGUGGCCGUGAUGGAGCAGCGAGUGAAGGAACUACAGCGCCAGAGGAAGGAGCUGAGGAUCGAGAUGGAGGUGGAAGUGGCCCUUCUGCGGGGCGAGCUGGCUGGGGAGCGGGUGGCUGCCCGGCGCGAGGAGGAGCAGCUCCGGCAGCUGCUGGAACAGCAGGGGAACAUGAAGCGGGGCAACCACGAGCAGGAGGAACAGGAACAGAGGCGGCUGAGCCAGGAGCGGGAUCGAGUGGAGGGUCUUCGCCAAAGACUCCAGGAGGCCCAGGGACAGCUCGACUCCCAGCCGGAGGACCAGCGAGAGCGGCUCCUGCAGGGAGUGCAAGAGAUGAGGGAACAGCUAGAUGUGGCCCAGUGUGCCUACGAGGACCUCGAGUUCCAGCAGCUGGAGCAGGAGAGCAGGCGGGAAGAGGAGGACCGGGACAGCCCUGGGGCCCAGGCACUGGACCCCAAGGUCCGGGAACUCCAGGCCAGUGUGGCACGGCACAGGCACCGGAUCCAGGUCUUAGAGGAGCAGCUCAAGUCGCUGGGGGGGCAGAUGGCGGCUGAGAGCAGGGGGCUGAGCCGGAAGAAGGACGAGGCCCUUCAGGCCCUGACGCAGGAACGGAGCCGCCUGCUCGAGCUUAAUUGCCUCCAAGGAACGCCAGGUGGAGACUUCUCUGAGUCCAACCGGGCCCUCACUAAGCUCCUGUUCACCCAGAAGACAGACCGCCAGCUGCUGGUGCUCCAGGACCCCACCACCCACACUGCCUCUACCACUUCCUCCUGCCUCUUCUCGGUCCACAGCUCCCUGCAGGGCUCCAUCGGCCUCCAGAGGACCGGAAGCCUGCCCCGGAAGAGGGGAGAGAGAGCGAGCCAGAGGGGAUCCCCCCGACCUCUGUCCCUCCACUACACUGGACCCCUCGAGUCCUCGGCCCUCCCACCAGCAUCAGGAGACUCUGGAAGACACCCGCUCUAUCAGCUGCUGAACGGUGGCCCUGGGAAUAGGUCUCUGUUCCUUCCUCCCAGCUGUGGGGCCCUCCAUCCAGACAUCGCCCGCAUGGAGCGGCUCCUGCAGCAGGCUGUGGCAGAGAGGGAGCGACUGAUCAAGGCCAGGGAAGGGAUGAGAAGAAGGAAAGAAGGUUCCUCCGGCCCUGCUGUACCUGCCAUCAUGGCCCCGCCCACGCCCCCACCCCGCCCCCCAGGCCCUCGGGUCUUGGAUCUCCGGCAGCACCUGGAACGCUGGGGCCACCAUCCCGAAAGCUGCCCGCACCUAAGGGUGUCGGGAGGCUGCUGCCGCGGAUCCUUGGUGAAGAUGGGUGGCCGCAUAAAGACCUGGAAGAAGCGGUGGUUCUGCUUCGACCGCCAGGCCCGCCGUCUGGCCUACUACGCCGACAAGGAAGAGACCAAGCUCAAAGGCGUCAUCUACUUCCAGGCCAUCGAGGAAGUCUAUUACGACCACUUACGCUGUGCCUUCAAGAGCCCCAACCCUCGCCUGACGUUCUGCGUGAAAACCUACGAACGCCUAUUCUACAUGGUGGCGCCCAGCCCGGAGGCCAUGCGUAUUUGGAUGGACGUCAUUGUGACAGCUGCUGAUGAGAAUCACGCCCCCUGAGGGGCCCGCCCUCUUGGGGGACGUCCCGGCGAGGCUCCGCCCCCAUAGCGUCACCCCCCCCGCCGCCCCCCGAGGCCCCGCCCGCUGUGGGAAGGCCUGGGUCCGCCUCUUUGGAACUUCCGGGAAUCCUGCAGGUGCCGCGGCUCGGCGGGCCUGAGCCGUGGUGUUUUGGGCUGCAGGUGCCUUCCCGCGACGGGAAGCCAGCCCUUGGGGCCCUGCCCCGGUUAGGAGGAAGAUUGCAGGGGCGGGAAGGAACUAUUUAUUGGUGCUCCCGCAAUACCGAAUUAAACACGGAGG